AUGAUGUCAUCUGGCUUGGCUACGCGCUCUGUUCAUAACAAGCCCCAACACGGGCAUCAAUUGCGUCCGACGCUCACUCACUCACUCUCUCUCACUCGGACAACUCUCUCCGUCCGUCCAUCCAGGCUCGGCGCCGCUACAGCCCAUAUCUUAUUCCUUUCUAUUCCACCUACCCCGACACUCCCCAUGUCCUCCCAGACGCCCAUCCGAAGGAAACUCGUUAUCGUUGGAGACGGUGCUUGUGGAAAAACCUCUCUGCUAUGCUCAUUCGCCCUCGGCGAGUUUCCAAAGGAAUACCAACCCACUGUAUUUGACAACUAUGUCGCUGAGAUCAGACUCGACGAAAAGCCUGUCCAGCUGGCGUUGUGGGAUACAGCCGGCCAGGAGGAGUAUGAGCGCCUUCGGCCAAUGUCCUAUUCUAAAUCCCAUGUUAUCCUCAUUGCAUUCGCCAUCGACACUCCGGACUCCCUAGAAAACGUUUCCACAAAGUGGAUCGAGGAAGUUCGAAGUAUCUGCGGGCCUACCAUCCCUGUCAUCCUCGUUGGCUGCAAAGCUGACCUCCGACCCACCGAAUUCAAUCCAGAUGCACCUCGCACCUGGGUAACGCGCGAAGAAGGCGAACGGAUUGCCAACUCCAUCGGUGCCAGAGCAUACAAGGAGUGCUCUGCACUCAAGAUCGAAGGUGUUGACGACGUGUUCGAGACCGCGACCAGGGCUAGCAUGCUCAUGCGAGACGGUGUGCCGAGCCACGGCAUCGCGACCUCGGAGGGCACACGGCAUCAUCGGAGAAGAAGCAGUGGUCGAGGGACGCUGCAGGGGGAGGAAGGCAGGAGCUGGGGAUGCUGCGUCGUCUGCUGA